AUGUCGUUUAUCAAUAUCUGCCGAGACAACACGGAUCCGUUUUACCGUUACAAAAUGCCUCCCAUCCAGUCCAAGACUGAGGGAAGAGGUAACGGUAUCAAAACGGCAAUCGUCAAUUUGGGUGAGGUUGCGCGUGCUUUGAAUCGUCCAUCGUCGUACUUGGUCAAGUUCUUUGGUUACGAGUUGGGAGCCCAGACUCAGCUCGAUAGGUUCUUGGUCAACGGUGCCCACGAUACUUCGGAAUUGCAAGACUCAUUAGAUGGAUUCAUCAACAAAUUUGUUCUUUGCGGGUCAUGCAGGAAUCCGGAAACCGAGAUUGUUCUUAAAGGCAAGGACUCCUUGGAGAGAGAUUGUAAGGCAUGUGGUAAAGUUACCAUGAUUGAUCCAAAGCACAAAUUGUAUUCAUACAUUGUCAAGAAUCCGCCAGAUAACAAAAAGGGCAAAAAGUCAGCUACUGCUACUGCCAAUGUUGUUGGUGGUGGUAAGUCGAUUUCAGAUAUCGCUGCGGGCCAUGAGGGUGAUGUUUCAAGCUCCAACAUUGACGACGGCGACGAGGACGACGAUUUGCUCGCCAAGAAAAUCAACGCCGAGGCUGCUCAAUUGCAAGAGUUGAAAAUCAAGGAUGACGAAUGGGCUGUUGACAUGUCGCAGGAGGCGAUUGCUGCAAGAGCAAGGGAGUUGGAAAGCGGAUUGAACGCUCCUUCAACCAAAUUCGACGAGCUUGGAGAAUGGUUGUUGUCAGAGUCAAACAAUUCCACCGAAGAGUUGCCUUCUGAUGUCGAGAUCUACAAGAAGAUUGUGGAGUUGGACAUUGUUGAAGCACCAGAGACGUUGCAAGUCUUGGCCCAGACCUUGUUUGACGAGGACAUUAUAAACCAAAUCGAGCCCCACGUUGGGUUGUUGGCAAAAUUGAUCAAUGGAUCGCAAGAGUUUGAAAAAUCCUUGCUCGGUGGAUUAGAACGAUUCAUUGGAUUAACCAAGCCUGAAUUGAUCCCCCAAACACCAAAGAUCUUGCAUGGUUUUUACGAUAGAGAUUUGAUCAGUGAAGAAGUGAUUAUACCGUGGGGUUCCAAGGUCUCCAAGAAGUACGUGCCGAAGGAUGUUUCAAAGAAGGUGAGAAAAGCUGCUAAACCAUUUGUGCAGUGGUUGCAAGAAGCUGAAGAAGAAGACAGUGACGAAGAUUAG